CUGUCAGUGUGUGCAGUGCUGCUCAUCUCAUCUCACAACUGUACUAACCACUGUCGAACUGCUCCUCAACCGUCUGACGUCGACGGACUCUCUCAAACCUAAAGGGUUAAAGCAAACAACUAAAAUCCCUCCUAUUUUUUUUUCCUCCGGAGGAUAUGGAGAGCCACCUGCCAACUUCUAAGGAGUAAAAUCCCUCACACCCUGUCUCUCUUUCCUUCCUUCUGGAACUCUUCUGCUUUCUCUCUCUCUCUGAGUAUUUCACCCUGACUCCUUAUAUUUUACCCCUGGCAGAGAGAGACUCCCAUGGAACCCCGGGUUCCGCUGCUGUCGUCAGUAACUUGGAGCGCUCUGGGAACUUAGUGAACUUCCCCGUCUGUGCCUCUGUUCCGGAGUAGGAGAGAGAGACGGAGGGAGAGGGGGGUAGCAGUAGUUGAAGCAGCCCUGCAGACGAAGACUCCUCUGGAGACCUCAGAACCUCAGGACCGGCUAGAACCAACCAGCAGGACAUCGAGCUGGUGAUACCUCCACAGGGAACAGGCCACCAUGAUGGGCCAGCGUCUCCACCGCCUCUCCGUCCUGGGGCUACUCUUACUGCUCCUGGACCUGGAUGUGAGUCACGGCUCCGCUGCUCCUGCUGAGGACGAGGAUUACUACAUGCAGGAGUUACUCACCAGGGACCACUACCACCACGCGGCACCUGAGGAGGAGAUGGUACCACCCGUUCCCCCCUUCGAAGGGGCCCGAGGGACCGACAGGAACAAACGUCCCCCCAGCCUGGAGACGACCAACAGGAUCAAACGUCCCCCCAGUCAGAAGGAGACAACCAACAGGAACAAGCGUCCCCUCAGCCAGGAGACGACCGACAGAAACAAGCGUCCCUCCAUCCAGAAGGAGGGGACCGCCAAGGCAGAAAACGUCAGACAAACAGACAAGACCAGGGUCACUGAAACGAAGUCAGUAAAGAAUGGAAACAAGAAGGAUGAGAAGAACAGAAAGGGAACGUUGAAAACUCCCAACAGCAUCAACGAGGGAGAGGGCCACUACAAGUCAGCAAGAGAGGAAUGUCCUCCAAUGGGACUAGAGACCCUGAAGAUUGAUGACUUUCAGCUCCAUGCCUCCACGAUGAGACGUUACGGGCUGGGAGCACACAGAGGACGCCUCAACAUACAGGCUGGCCUGUAUGAUGAUGACCUCUACGAUGGAGCCUGGUGUGCUGGGAGGAACGACCCCCUGCAGUGGCUGGAGGUGGACGCCAGGAGGCUGACCAAGUUCACAGGGGUCAUCACACAGGGAAGGAGCUCUCUCUGGUCGAGCGACUGGGUGACAUCAUACAAGGUCCUUGUGAGCAACGACAGUCACACCUGGGUCACUCUGAAGAAUGGAUCACAAGACCUGAUCUUCAUUGGUAACAAGGAGAAAGAGAUCCCUGUGUUGAACAUGUUUCCUGUGGCUGCCGUGGCUCGUUACAUCAGGGUCAACCCUCGUUCCUGGUUCAACCGUGGCAGCAUCUGUAUGAGAGUGGAGAUCCUGGGAUGUCCCAUGCCAGACUCUCAGAACUAUUACCACAGACGGAAUGAGAUCACAACCACAGACAACCUGGACUUCAAACAUCACAGCUACAAAGAGAUGAGGCAUCUGAUGAAGGUGGUUAAUGAGAUGUGCCCCAACAUCACAAGGAUCUAUAACAUCGGCAAGAGCCACAGCGGACAGAAACUCUACGCCAUCGAGAUCUCAGACAACCCCGGAGAGCAUGAACCAGGUGAACCAGAGUUCCGCUACACGGCCGGUUCCCAUGGUAACGAGGUGCUGGGCCGAGAGCUGCUCCUGCUGCUGAUGCAGUUCAUGUGUCAGGAGUAUCUGUCGGGGAGCCCACGGAUACGUCACCUGGUGCACGAGACCAGGAUACACCUGCUCCCCUCCGUCAACCCCGACGGUUACGACAAAGCCCUUGAAGUGGGUUCAGAGCUGAGUGGCUGGUCCCUGGGUCGGUGGAGCCAGGAUGGAGUAGACAUCCACCAUAACUUCCCUGACCUCAACUCCAUCCUGUGGGAGGCUGAAACAAAGAAAUGGAUCCCCAGGAAGAUGCUCAACCACCAUGUGCCCAUUCCCGAAUGGUAUCAGUCCAAGAACUCCACGGUAGCAUCAGAGACACGUGCUCUGGUCUCCUGGAUGGAGAAGAUUCCGUUUGUGCUGGGUGGUAACCUCCAGGGAGGGGAGUUGGUGGUGACCUUCCCCUACGACAGGACCCGUUCCCAGGGUGUAUCCAGGGAGCAGACCCCCACCCCAGACGACCACGUCUUCCGCUGGCUCGCCUUCUCCUACGCAUCCACCCACCGCCUGAUGACCGACGCCAGACGACGAGUCUGCCACACCGAGGACUUUGCCAAGGAAGAUGGCACCAUCAACGGGGCGUCCUGGCACACCGCGGCAGGGAGUAUGAACGACUUCAGCUACUUGCACACCAACUGUUUUGAACUGUCGAUGUACGUGGGCUGUGACAAAUUCCCCCAUGAGAGUGAGCUGGCGGAGGAGUGGGAAAACAACCGGGAGUCUCUGCUCGUCUUCAUGGAGCAGGUGCAUCGUGGGAUCAAAGGCAUUGUCUGGGACAUGCAGGGGCGGGGCAUAGCCAACGCCACCAUCCAAGUGGAAGGGAUCGGCCAUGACAUCAGAACAGCGGCGGACGGGGACUACUGGAGGCUGUUGAACCCAGGAGAGUACAGCAUCACGGUGAGGGCCGAGGGCUACAGCGCCAGCAGUAAGGUGUGUGAGGUGGGCUACGACAUCGGAGCGACCCGCUGUGACUUCACCGUCAGCCGCACCAACCUGUCACGCAUCAAGGAGAUCAUGGAGAGAUACAACAAGCAGCCCAUCAGACAGCCUCUCAGGCCACCCGUCAGGCAGCUGCAAGCACGCAGGCCCGGCCCCCGACACAGACGUGUGAGGACAUCAUAGGGGCCCCCACCAGGGAGCGUUAGGGAGAACGAGUAGCCUGGUCCCGCACCUGAAUGCGCUGUCUUGCCAACACCUCUGGUCAUUGUUCUGCCAAUCUGACAAUGACCAGAGGCUUUACAGCACAAACUGAUCUGGGACAAGGCUCGGUGUGAAGAGAGCAAUGAGAGACAGACUCUACCAUCUCUCUCUCUAGUUCUGAUCCAACAUCUUCUUUGAUCGGGACUCCUUUCUCUGUUUUGGAACUCUGUUUCAUCCAUCCAGAGUAUUGGUGGAAGUGCAGAUUGGAGAUUGAUGGUAAAAGAUGAGAUAUUUUGAUUGAUAAAGGGGUUUUUCUGUAUCAAAAACAAGGUGCUGUUCUUUCAACCAUGAAUUAAGCUCUCUGGUGCUGGUCUUACUGUAAAAUAAGUGUCUUUUUUUGGGGGGGGGGGCAUCUUAAAAAAGUUGCAAUGACUUCUCUACCAGAGAGUUAUUACAGUAUACAUGGUUAAGCCGAAAUGUCAAUUUUUUACUUUGUGCCAUUAUUUGGUAAUGAAAGUGUCAAAUAUAUUUCAAAUUAUGAAUUUUGACCAUGGAUAUUACCAUGUGUCUCUCUACUAGCUCAUGCAGUACCAGUACCAGUACCUGUACCAGUACAGUACCAGUACAGUACAGUACCAGUACCAGUACCAGCACCAGCACCAGUACCAGUACCAGUACAGUACCAGUACCAGUACCAGUACCAGUACCAGUACAGUACCAGUACCUGUACCAGUACAGUACCAGUACCAGUACCAGUACCAGUACAGUACCUGUACCAGUACCAGUACCAGUACCAGUACAGUACCUGUACCAGCACCAGUACCAGUACCAGUACAGUACAGUACCAGUACCAGCACCAGUACCAGUACCUGUACCAGUACCUGUACCAGUACCAGUACAGUACCUGUACCAGUACCUGUACCAGCACCAGUACCAGUACCAGCACCAGUACCAGUACAGUACCAGUACCAGUACCAGUACCUGUACCAGUACCAGUACCAGUACCAGUACAGUACCUGUACCAGUACCAGUACCAGUACAGCACCAGUACCAGUACCAGUACAGUGCAGCACCAGUACCAGUACCAGUACCAGUACAGUACCAGUACCAGUACAGUAACCGGUACCAGUACAGCACCAGUACCAGUACCAGUACCAGUACAAUACCAGUACCAGUACCUGUACCAGUACCAGCACCAGUACCAGUACCAGCACCAGUACCAGUACCAGUACCAGUACAGUGCAGUAAUAACUAUCUUACCGACACGUUUACAAGCUUCAGCCUUGCAAGUAAUAUCUUUUGAAAUUGUUCUUUGGAAUAAAUAAAUAAAUAAAUAAAAUGAUGCAUAUAUUCAUA